UCGAGCGUAUCAUCGAUUUUCACAAGCAAGCGGACCGAGUGUAAUGGUAUUUUCCACUUGCAACGGUACAAAUAAAGUGAGCCGUUAAGAAAAAUCGGUGCCGACAACGCAAAAGAUACACAAAAGUUGCGUAUACGCAACGUUAAGCAACAUAUAGCUGCUGGGUGCCGUUAUAAAGGUGUAGAAACGAAGCUGGGACUUUGGUAUCACAAACGCUCGCUUUGCAGUGUGCACAUUUAGAGGGGAGGAGGCGUUGAAGGUGAGACGCGCAAACGAAUUCGCCGCCGCAGCGAACUAGCAGAGCGAAAGCUGAAUCUAAGCAGCAAGCACCUACAACAAACGCACAAUUCGCCGCAUUCGCCGUAAACGCUUGCUGCUCGGUGUCUCAGCAGCGAAGCAGUCAUAGUCAGCCACAGUGGCGCAACGAAUUUUCCUUUAGUAUCCUUACGGACGUGAAAAACUGAGUAGUCAACGCGAGAAGAGGCAACAAACGAGCGUGCGGAAGCAAAGCAAAGUAGCUGAAGCCAAAUUAUAUAGAGUGUUGUAGCAAAAAUUUAUGCAAAAACGCGCAGCUUGUCUGAAAACUAAGUGCAUGUGUGUGGAAAAAAUUUCGAAAUUCCCAAAAGUGGUAGAAAAAGUAGUUGCAAAAGUAGUUUAACGGGCCACCGAGCUUGCGAAAUAGGUUGCUGCCGAGUAAGCGACGAAAAAAACUUAGAAGUCAAACUCGCUUUCGACCACAAAGCGUGAAAAAAUAAGUAUACCAGCGCAGCUGUAUGUGUGCGUGCGUGUGCGUGUUUGUAGCAGCUGCCAGUGACGAGCAACUAAACCAUUAAAACGCUACUAAACAGUUGAUUAUAUGUGUAUGUGUGUCGGUGCUUGCUUGUGUGAGUACGUGAGUUUCUUGGAAUCGCAAAAAAUUGAAUUCAAUUGAGAACACUAAUCGCGCAACGUCAGCUGCCACUUCACAAACGCAGCAAAAACAACAACAACAAGAAAAAUCCACAACAAAGACCCACAACCAACACGGGCACAAGCAGCAGCGCCAGCUAGCAAUUAGGCCAGCCCGAAAGCGCAGUAAUAAAACUAAAAGGUAACGCAAAUGGCUGGCGGUGGGGACCCCAAGUGGCAGAAGGAUGCGGCCGAUCAAAAUUUCGACUAUAUGUUCAAAUUGCUUAUAAUCGGCAACUCAAGUGUGGGCAAGACAAGUUUCCUUUUUCGCUAUGCCGAUGACAGUUUCACCUCAGCUUUUGUGUCGACGGUCGGCAUCGAUUUCAAAGUGAAAACCGUGUUUCGACACGACAAACGCGUCAAGCUGCAGAUCUGGGAUACAGCGGGUCAAGAACGCUACAGAACAAUAACCACAGCAUAUUAUCGUGGCGCCAUGGGUUUCAUUCUGAUGUAUGAUGUCACAAAUGAGGAGAGUUUCAAUUCCGUACAAGAUUGGGUGACUCAAAUCAAGACAUAUUCCUGGGACAACGCACAAGUGAUACUUGUCGGCAACAAAUGCGACAUGGAAGAUCAGCGAGUGAUCUCAUUCGAACGAGGCCGACAGCUGGCCGAUCAGCUGGGUGUGGAGUUCUUCGAAACCUCAGCCAAAGAAAAUGUGAAUGUUAAGGCUGUCUUCGAACGACUGGUCGAUAUAAUUUGCGACAAAAUGUCGGAGAGUUUAGACUCGGAUCCGACGUUAGUGGGCGCCGGGCAAAAGGGACAACGACUGACAGAUCAACCUCAAGGCACGCCCAAUGCGAAUUGUAAUUGUUAAACAUGCAUACACAAACACACACUUAAACACAUACAUAGGCACAUAUAUACAUAAAUAGACACAUGUAGACACAAAUAUACUUAAAUGAAUAAAUAAAUGUAAAACUAUAUGAACUAAGUGAGGCAGUAAUACAUAUACAUAUACUAUAUAUAAAAGGAGUAAUUCUGUUGACUUAUGUUGUACGGUUUUUGUUGUCUCAGUUUUUGAUGUUUUUGCAGAAGACACAGAAGAAUAGAUGUAAUUAAAGCGUGUUGCAUGUAAAUGUGCUGAGGCAGAAAGUAAAUUACGAAAUUAUUAUAAACAAGCCGUUAAUGCUGUUGAAAAUAUAAUGAAUUGUGUAGAAAAAAUUGUGAAAAAGAGCGCAACAAACAAUGAAAACCAAGAAGGUUGCCAGAUAAACAAUAUUUACAAGUCUACAAACGAAACUUUAUGAAGGUAAUAACUAAUUUGAAGAAGCUAUAAAUAACUAACUAAAUAAAAAUGGAAUAAUUAAAACAAAUUAAAUUAAAAAAACUUUAUAAAAUUAAUGUAAUUGAAAAAAUUAUUAUAAUUAAAAUAAAACUAAGAAACUAAACAAAAAAUAAUAAAAAUAAAAAUUAAUUGAAUUAAAAAAAAUUAAAACGAUUAAUACAAUUUAAAAAAAUAAUAUAUUGAAAAAAUUAAUGUAAUUAAAAAAAUUAAUAUAAUUAAAAAAAAUAAUGAAAUUAAAAAAAUGUAAUUAAAAAAAAUUAAUACAAUUUAAAAAAAUAAUAAAUUUAAAAAAAUUAUUGUAAUUAAAAAAUUAAAUAAAUAAAAAAAUAAUUAAUUAAAAAAAUUAAUGUAAUAAAAAAUUAAUAAAAUUAAAAAAAUUAAUACAAUUUAAAAAAUAAUAAAUUAAAAAAAUUUAUGUAAUUAAAAAAAUUAAUACAAUUUAAAAAAAUAGUAAUUUAAAAAAAUAAGUAAUUAAAAAAUAUAUGUAAUUAAAAAAAUUAAUACAAUAUAAAAAAAUAAUAAUUAAAAAAAUUAUUUUAAUUAAAAAAUUAAUAUAAUAACUAAGAAAUUGUGUUGGAUAUACUGUGCAACUUGUAAUUUGAAUCGUUGAAAUACAUACAUACAUACAUAUGUAUGUACUCGUAGUGUUGCCGCCACAGAAGAUCGUUAUUUGUGUAUGUUUCCAUGAAUAUUAUAUGACUAAAAGGUAUUUAACUGUAAUGUAAUUACACUUAGCAACACACACACACAUACAAAUAUACAAACAUGUAUACAAAUGUUGAAAUUGUGCGCAUGUGUGUGUAUAUGCAGCAAAGUUUGAUGAAACUCCGUAAAAAAAAAAUAUAACAUUUGUAA